AUGUCUGUGGAGCACACUCGUGAUUGGUCAAACCUUCUGCCGGCUGCGAAGCCGACUGGACAAAUCGACCAAGCGUUUGAUCUGCCAGAUGCUGGCUGCUUUACGCUGUACCAAUUUCCCUGUGUUCUAGAACAUCCUUCCCACUUUGUCACCUGGCGCAAUGACAUCAACCAGAUCCUUAAAAUGCACAGACUUCAUCGGCUCAUUGACUCUGGCAUUUCCCGCCCUUACAAGGACUCGCCCAAUGCUCGGAGAUGGCAACAGAUGUCGAUCGAAGUCCGCAACUGGAUCGCGUGGAACAUGAAUCCAAUCCUUGUGCGCAUGAUUGUGAAAGGCCAGCCUCGAGCUGACCUGGCAGACGAGUUCAUGGAGGGUGCCGAGAUGAUUCUUCGGGAGUAUCCCCGCGGUCCCGCACAGGACUUGGAUGAUGUCUCCGCCGGUCUUUUCAAUCUUAUUGGGUGCCGGCGAAGUGAUUAUUCUAGUACCCGGUUGUUUGUUCAUCGUCUUAUGGAGUAUUACACACACACCUUGAAUUUGAAAAUGGGAAUUCCGCCAUUUGUCCCGCUGUUGAUUUUGUUGCAAGAGAUUGAGGGUGAUGUGGGACCAGCAUUUGUCAAUCUGAGAUAUGAUCGACUGGAUGAUAUGAACAACGUCACCCAGGAUGUCACCAAAGCUUACUUUGAGGAUGUUUACUUCGACGUGUUGGAACACCUUGAGUCGAUGGAUCAGACACCUCACGAUGUUCACCAUCUCUUGACUGAAUGA